AAUAAAUUCGCUUUGUCUAGCUCAAGUACAGUAACGUUCAGAAAAAUAUUACGUGCACAUUUGCCAUAAAGAGUACCAACUUAUACUUCAUAAAUCUAAUAGUAUUCAAGAUCACACGCCAGGCAUCAGAGCUGAGAAGGAAGAAGCGAAAGAGGGGACUGGGAAGUGGAAAGAACAUAAACCAUUAGUUCCAUUUGCUCCAUUCCAUUCCUCUAUCAGCUGACUUGCUAACACAACCACAAGCGCCAACAGUUGGAGAAAAAAGGUCUAGACUUACAUUUAGUUUGAAUUAAACGAUUCGUAGAUUUUGAAUCCAUUCAUCGGCGCGCGCAUUUUACAAUGUAUUUAAUUUACAUUUUAUUGUUGAUAAUUUACACAACUGGUGUUAUUAAUAGUGGGAAAAGUAAUUUACAGUGCAAAGACGAAGCUGGCAAUGAUGUUGAUUGGUUUGUUCUGUAUAAAAUACCUAGACUAACCGAAAGUAAUAAUCGGUUGAUUAAAAAAGGUGUAGGAUAUGUUUAUAUAACUAGCGAUACAGUAUCUGAAGGAUGGCAAUUGUCGGAAAAAGAUAUUGGAGCCACAGACUCUAUACCUGGACAAACUCUUUCCACAUUAUACAAUGACGACGAGGCAUCAGAGAUAUUAUGGAUUAUGUAUAAUGAUCAAGGUCCAAACAGUACAUAUAAUUCCAAAUAUGGACAUGCUAAGGGCGUUUUGAUGACUGAUGAUACUCGUGGUUUUUGGCUUAUACACAGUGUACCCAAUUAUCCAUUGAAACCCAGAACUGGAACAGAUAACAAACCAAGCAAAGCAAGAGAGAAUGAAGAAGUUUCCAACUUCAACAGCAGUUAUUAUUAUUAUGUCAACUUGAAUAUGGUUCCGGAUGGCGAGUACGCAUAUCCAAGGUCUGGAAGGUUUUAUGGACAAAGUUUUCUCUGUAUAUCAAUGGAAUCAAGCCAGAUGAAUACGGUCGGCCAACAGUUAAUACACAAUCAAAUAAUAACGUAUCGAUAUAAUUUACCCGAAUCAUUAGCCGCUGAGUUUCCGAGCCUCGUUAAUGCUUCACAAAAUAUUAGACCGAAAAAUCGGCCGUUCAGUCAUAAAGAAGAAAUUUUAUCUUCUGGCGGGCAAGAAUUUAUCUCGUUUGCUAAGACAAGUAAAUGGAGAAAAGAUCUAUAUGAUGACUUUGUUGCACCAGAAUUGAACACAGAUUUAUUGGCAGAGACGUGGUUGAAUGGACGAGGGAAAUUACCUUCUGAAUGCAAUGGAUCAAAAGUACUGAAUGUUCAAUCAAUAACAUUAAACUCGGCUAAUGUAAACUUCAGAAACUCGAGGGAUCAUUCGAAAUGGGCUGUGGCGCAGAACAACAGGAAAAAUCGUAAUUGGGUUUGCGUUGGCGACAUCAAUAGAGAGAGCCCUCAAUUCAAUAGAGGCGGCGGUACGGUCUGCGUUAAUUUGCCAGAGCUGUGGACUAAUUACCGUGACAGUGUUAAUGAUGUCGAGCCGUGUCCACGAAAAAAAUAUUUUUUACGUGACUCAAUGGACGAGUGACCUCGUAGUUAAGUUAAAAACUCUGUUAAUUGUUGCUAUAUUUUAUUUUUUUCUUUCAUUUAUAUCCAAAUACUUAUAUAAGGUAUAAGAAAUUCUAUUUUAAUAAUAAUAAUAAUUGUAGUUAUUAUUAUUACUAUGACAAUAAUUAUAAUACAAGUACAUAGUAA